AUGACGGUAAAACGAAAGACGAUAAAUCAAGUAUUUCCAUCUUCGCUGAGUGGGAAGCGAUACAAGAAAGAUUUAGCCGACGCCGCCACCAAACUUCACAUCAAAGAGCAAUUAAGGAAGAUUGCGUUCCCGGAGACCACAAACUUGAAACCACCAUCUCAAUCGGUAAAAACUAAAGGGGAACCUAAGAAGAAAAAUUCUUUCAAAGAUGCCCGUAUUAGCAAACCACCUACUACACCGGCUCCAUCAAAAAUACCAUUCAUCGAUCACAUGCCGGGAAAAGGAUUACCAUAUUGUCCGACAUACCCUAAUCAAAGAGUUGAGGGCAAUAGAGAUUUAUACACACGUGUGUUUGGGAGUAAAGAGGAAGUUGAAGAAAUAUAUAACGCUCCUGUACCUUGCGUGAGUGGAUUCACACGGGAGGAUAAAUGGACGCGGUUCCCUGAUAUGGGUCAUCUAACAACAAGUGCGUAUGAGAGAAUAUGUAUUAAUCUUACAAGAUACGGUUUCUCGGAGACUUUUUUCCCUUUGCGCACUGCUCCAACACCAAAUCUCAAUGAUCAUAUCAUUUGUGUUGGGUGGGUUUCAAAUCCGCGACAUUUUAUUAAAGUGUAUUUGAUACCGGGAUGCCAUAUACCACCUAUAUCACUGAAGUGGACUGUUCAUUUCACAAUCCUGUCCGAGACCUGGCCAUACCAAUUCAUUGAAAGGACGCAAGAAUACAACAAGUUGAACAAAAUUGAAAUAGAAAAAAAUAGAGAAAAGUCAAAAGGGGUGCCACCGUUGGAUUUGGCCGACGAUAAUUUUUUUAGCUCAUUUACGUAG